CGUAUGGUUCUUCGACAAAGAGUUUGGGGGGGUAUUUACAGGUCAGUCUCACGGAGAACACAAAACACAAGAUGUCUAAGCAGCGUACGCAGAAGGCCGCUUUCGAGGACAUGCGGGAGGCAUGGGAGAAUCAAGGAAGGCCGGUGGCAAUUCAAGGAACCCUUUUGGUAAGGAGACCGAAAAACAAGCAUUUUUCGACUUCCAAAAGCUGCUUUUGGGAAAGAGUCUUAACGACGCUCACUGGACUAUGGCACCUAAAGCGACAACGCUCGCCGACAAGGACCACGUCGCUCCCAUUGGCAAUGCAUUGAGGCAAUGGAUGCCGCUCGUGACGGCCGGGGAUGAGGUUUUCCGCAAAGGCAUGAAGUUCUACGACAAAUGGGCCGAGGGAAUUUUAUUGGUCAGAGACGGGAAGACGCCCUUGUCGAAGUCGGGCAAAUACAUGCCAGACAAAUCUCCGGGUCUUCAAGCGAUUCCAGAAAUGGGUGCGAAAGGGGCGGCUGGUGAAACGAAGAUGGGGUGGCUGGUCCGGGUCCCACCGCCUCCGACCAAAAAGAAAACGCAAUUGGACGACAAUUUUUUCGUCGUCGUGAAGGAGCCAGGCAUGUUCUGUUUGCAGUCUCUCGCUAACAUGCCGGAUGCUGAAAAACUGUCGAUCCUCAACGAGAUUCUCCCGCUGAGGGGAGUGUUCGUGCAAUCGGCGGGCGGGUAUCUAAAACGUCAGCAUAAGCCCGGAAUUAAAGACAUGGUCGCGACGAGGAAAGUGGACCGCAUGAUGCUCCGCAUGUUUCACUACAUCUUGUUCCUCGAAGACGAGGAGGACGCAGAGGUUUGGCGGUAUGGGAGCCAGUUUUUUCGGACCGAGGAACAACUUCUGGUGGAGUUCGCGCCGUGGGGCUUCACGAAUCAGGUGUGGGUCGAACUGCGGAAGCAUUUCCAAGGCGCGGUGGAGUAUGUGAACACUUGCAAACGUUGUCUUCCGUACGAGGAGUCCCUCGACGAAACGAAGAAAAUGUACGAUGAUGAGAGGUUCCCUAAAUCUUUCGAGAAGUUCGUCCGCUCCAUCUUGCGACGGACGGAGGAAGAGGUGCAAGACACGAUCAGGGUCAGCGGGGAUGUGAGACACAUCAAAUGGCACAAGAUCAAUCGGGUGACCAGACUUAUUCCUUUCAGUUGUCCAGCUUCCCAGGCUCACACUCGUCUCAGUGAGAUCCACGAGAGUGUGCGACAUUACGUGUGCAACUUGUACGUCCUCGAUUUGUGUGAUCCCACACUCCUCUCAAAUUGGCAAGAAGACAAUUUUGCCUCCUUGCAAGGCGUUCUCCAAACCCUAUCGCCAAGGCACUGGGCACUUGUCGUCUUCUUCCCCUCUCGUUGGGAGCUCAGUUUCUUGAAAAACAUUGCCAAACUUAGCGUUCAUCACGUCAGGACAUGGAAGUGGGUGCGCCAUGCGCAAAGAAAGUCCACUGUUCGAGAAGGCAAUAUGCUGGUCGAGGAGUAUGAUCGUCUGUAUAUGGUUUUCAAUGGCGACAACUUGGCAGACAACACGGUUGCAGUCUUCCCGGCCAGUAGUCCAUCGAAGCCUCCCCGUGCCAAUGCUCCAAGUCCGGCCAAACCCGCGACGGCGGCCCGCUCGAAAGUUGCCUGCUCAUCCGACCCGUCAGGACAGGCUGUGGCCUGUUUCGACGUGGCAGACGAGGACGAGUCCCCUCGUAGCCAGUGGGAGGACGGCGGUGUGACAAGUGUUCGAGGAGCUACUUACGGGGACAGGGAGCGCAACCCAGCUCAUCUAAUUGGUCUGCUGGAUAACUUUUGCAGAGUUGGGCAAACUGUUUUUUUCUUCGGGAAGGCGCACGCGUCUGUCGUGUGGGAGCUCCUCCGCAGUGGUCGGAAUGUCGUUGCGUUAGAGGACGAGGCGAAGAUGAUCGAUUACCUUUGCGAGUUCGUGAAGACACGAGUAUUGGAAAUGGGAUCCCAAACGGCUUUGUUUCAAGACGCAGGCGAGCGCAAAGUGCUGGAGGGGCCCGCUGCAGGGGUGUUGGAGACCAGGCCUAGCGAGUAUGAACGUUAUGCUUCGGAGGGUGCAUCCAUCGAUUUUCAGAGCAAGAGUGCAGCGGAUCCGGGGGAAGAGGAGCUGUCACAGGGCGCACAUGUUGUGCACCGGGAAGAGGAGACUCAACACUGGCCGCCUAGCAGAGUGCUGGAUGAUCUCGACGCAGGAGUGUUUAAGACCGGGGCUAGCGGGCAUCUACCUCAUCCUUCGGAGCGUGCGUCCGUCGACUUGGAGAGCAAGAGUACACCACCUUCGGGGGAAGGGGAGCUCUCACAGGAAGCGCAUGCUGUGCAGCGAGAAGAGGAAACUCAACAUUGGCCGCCUAACGAAGUGCGGGAGGGGCUCGAUGCAGGAGCGUUUGAAACCAAUGCUAGCGAGCAUCAGUGUCAUGCUUCGGAGGGCACGUCCGUCGAUGUUGAGAGCAAGAGCUCGUCGGGAAAUGCCAUCAACAUCGGGGACACUGAUUUGGUUUUGCACAGGGGGUCGCCACUUACGGCGCAAGACGGUGACGUUAAGGGAGGUCAUGGGAUGUUUGUGGAAGGCAAAGACCGUGGGCGGGAAGGACGUGCAUGGACGCUUGGGGAAGCUCGUCUUCGUGGCGAUGAGGAGCGCGAAGAAGAACCCGUGGUGGAAACUCGGCUUCAUGACGAUGAGAAAAGCGAAGAACCCGUGGGGGAAGCUAAGCUUUUUGGUGGUGAGGUGUCGGCUCGGCUUCAUGACGAUGAGGCAAGCGAAGAAACCGUAGGGGAAGCUCAACUUUAUGCUGGUGAGGUGUCGGUUGGGCUUCAUGCCAGUGAGGUGUCGGCUCGUCAGAUGGGUUCAAAGCAAACAGAUCAUGAUUCUCAGUCCACCAGCUGUGAUGACGAGCAAGGUGAUCGAGCAUCUGCCCUCAGUUCCGGUCGGGAAAUGGUGCUUCCUGAAGCCACGGAGUUGGUUAGCGACUCAGCUGCCAUCGAGCUGGUUAGCGACUCAACAGUGGUCGAGAUGCAGAACAUCGAAUCCUCCACGGACGUCGGCACAGUGGCGCGACAGGAGGCCGGUUGCCCUUAGCGGACUCCCGAGCACGGUACGAUUUGUGAACAGUA